UCGAGAAAAAAAAGUAGGAUAUUAGACAGCACUGAUGUCUUCAAUUUCUUUAGUAAAACGAUGAGCGGCAAACAACCACGACCAGUGCGCACAAAAAGCCCAGAACCGGCGCAUGCCCAAAGUCCGGUUCUGACAAAGUGCGGAAAAGAGAGAACAUCUAUACCGCGCAAAGACACUCCGAAACCUCCACUAGCCAAGACUUCGGUUCCAGCAAUGGGCAUGAAAAAAAAGGUCAUGAAAAAUGAAGUAUCAGUCCGCACAGACACUUCGAAACCGCUCGGUGCCAAGAGUCCGGUUCCGACAAAGUGCGAGAAAGAAAAAACAUCCACAGUCCUAACAGUAACUCCAAAACCGCGACGUGCCAAAGGACCGGUUAAAGCAAUGAGUGCGGGGAAGCCAAAGAAACCACUGAAGGACAUUAAGAAAGAGGGGCAACAGGGCUCUGAGGAAAAUAAACAUCAAAUGACCAAGGCCCUCAAGCAGCCCACGCGCUUCACUGACGCCAAAUCAUCUUUGUUACAGGAGUGCAAGAAAAUAACCACCUGUGCAGGGAUGGCCAGGAAAGAUUGCCGCGUUGACUCGGAUCCAGAUAAGAUCUUAAUUACUACACUUCAUCAAUUGAAGAUUAAAAGUAAACAGAGAUCAGAAUCAGCAUUUGUGGUCAAUGAAGUGGUAAAGCAUAUAAUUGACCAUAUGAAACGUACGGAUUGCUUUAAAAAUGUAAAUCCUUUACGAACUGGGAGUUACUAUGAGAAUUUAAAGAUUUCUAAUCCUGACGAAUUUGAUGUGAUGUUAACCGUGCCUAUCGAAAGGGUGGGCAUUCAUCCGUUUGGGAAAGUUGCCGCAUUUUUCAGCGUGGAAUUAAAACGAGGAAAACACUCGCUCGGCUGCUUUCUACAAGAGGACAACACGCUAUCAGCUAGUAGUAUGCUUACGGAGUUCCGAAAAGAGGUUACAAAAUGUGUUAAGGAGGUCAAAGACGUGGAGUUGGAAAGGAAGAAGAGGGGUUGCCCAGCGGUGACCUUACUUCUAACAAACGGUGGGACAGUUCCGAUCUCACUGGAUAUUGUUCUGGGACUAGAGGUCCACUCGAGCUGGCCCACAUUCACAAAGGAAGGCUUCAAAAUAGAAAAAUGGCUGGGGAGGAAAGUUAAGAAAGAACAGAAGUUAAAGCCUUUCUAUCUCGUUCCGAAAUACGAGGGAAACGGAAUGGUGGAACUGGAUGGGGUCUUCGCUAAAGAUGCAUGGCGCAUCUCAUUUUCGCACGUGGAGAAGAAUAUCCUAACAAAUCAUGGUUCCCUGAAGACCUGCUGUGAGGUUGAUGGGACCCGAUGCUGCAGGAAGGACUGUCUGAAGCUUCUGAAGCACCUGCUGGCCCUACUGAAGUUAGAGAACCCUAAUCUGUCUAAGUUCUGUUCCUACUACGCCAAGACCACUCUGCUACAUGCCUGCUCUGUAAGGACGCAGGAUAGCGACUGGGAAGCAGCCCGGCUGGGACUCUGCUUCCAGCAACUGUUGGCAGACUUUGAGGGCUACCUGAAAAACGUUAGUCUCCCCAACUUCUUCAUACCCACGCACGACCUGCUAGGUUCCGGCUAUGACCGCAAGAGGCUGCACCUCCUGGCAAAGCGCAUCGAGGAGGAGCGGAACAACGGGUUCCCCAUUUUCGCAGGGCCUAGGUAAAGGGGUGGUCCAAAAAUGUUCUCUGAUCUAAAUGCAAUGGCACUUGAAGGAGUCAGAGACGGAAAAUAGGAGUCAGAAUUUUUAUUUAUUUAAGAUCUUCCUCUAACAGUUUUGGAGUCUUACAUUGAGAGCAAACUGAACCUCUCAAACAAAAUGAAUAUUUA